AUGAUUAUGUGUAGAGAGGCUGCGGUGAAGUCCAAUGGACUGCGCGAUUCUAGCGGCGAUUCCAAUAUUGAGAUGGGCUUGGCUUUCGCGUCCGCUGUUCAUAAGAUAGAGAGACUAAAAUUCGAUAUAUGGGUGGGCGACCAAGUCGCCGUGAAGACCCCAGGCUGUGCGAAAAUGUAA